UGAUCAGUGAUCGCCCCAGGACUACAUCAACCGCAAUGAAGCUGCUAAUCCUCGCCUGUUUGUUGGGUCUGGCUUUGGGCCAUGAGGUGUACACCUACUACACCCCGACCUAUGGCUACUAUCCUUCAGCCUACGCCAGGACCUCCGCCGUCCUGCCCCUGGCCUACUCCCGUCUGGUGGCCCCGGCCGCUGCCGAGUCGCACCUCUACCACAGUGUCGAGACCCCGCACUCCUUCCAACAGCAAUACCGCAGCGACUACAAGCCCCUGACCUAUGAGUACAUCUACUGAGCGGUGGAGAGCAAUAAACCCACAUGGAGGGGAAAUC